AUGUGGUCAAGUCAGACUUGCUACUUUCUGUCCGAGAAGAAUGCGAUACUUUACGCAAAAGAAUUGCCAGUAUUGAGGCAGACAUGAUUACCAGCCGAGAGGACCACCAGCGUCUGAUUGCUGAAGCCCGGAGGACACGAAGUGAAGCUGACGAGCUUCGUCAAGAGCGUGAUGCUCUCAAUGAUCAGGUUAACACGUGCAAUCAGCGGAUUGAACAGUUACAAUCUGCACUGAGAACCACUUUGCUGGGUCCGAUGGCAACACCGGCGGCGAACACCAUUACAAACUCUACCUCGACAGCCCACCGGGAAACCGACGCGCAAUCUACACCGAUCUCUCACCCUGGUACUUCUUCCACCGCUCAACCUCCCGUCUUGCUUUCGCCCGGCCCCGGAAGUA